UGUGCAGAAGUAGGACCCAUUACUACCUAUAUGUACAUAUACACUGUGUUGUAUAAGGGCAAGCAUUCCAAGUGUACUUCGACUCCAAAAUUUAAUUUACUUCUACGUAUAGUAAACGACACGAAUCAAGGUAUUAAUUUACCAAGAAAGAAAAUAUCUUGAUGAGGAUGAGCUUUGAACAAAAUUGGGAUGUAGAAGCACACAAAAUGGAACAUGAAUGCGAUGACCACUGGGAACUGAGACGAAAAUUUUUAUUAGCUCAUAAAGAUAAAUUUCCAGAGGACGAACUUGUCUGUUUAGCUCAAGUAUUUGCAAAUGUCGAACUGCUUGGUUGCAAGUAUCCAGACGAAACAAUGCAGAUUAUAACUAAUUUAGGUCAAGAUAUUUCUGAUGAUUACAGGCAGAAACAGAAAACUAAAUUGCAAAGAACAUUUGUUAGAGCUUCCAGAGCAGCCAGUCUAAAGGUUAAAGGACAACCUGCCAUAAUAUCUACCACUAAGGCACAAGUCGAAACAAAUACUGUGGAUCCAUCCGUAGAUUUAAGCAGCGAUUCAACUGUAGAUUUAAGAAGUAAUAAAGUAUCUGUUAAACGAAGAAAAUUGCAGGAACUUCCAUUCGGUGAUAUCGUUUUAAUUGAAAGAUCAGACGAUAUACCGCAAAAUUCGCUUGCUUGCGCGAUAAAUGCAUCAGGUGGAAAUUUAGAAUGGAAAUUUGAUAACACAGAUCGUACUUGCAAGUGCAGCAUUUUCGUUAAUUCGAAAUUAUUAGUAGAGGCUAUAAGUUCUAAUCAGAAGUUAGCAAAAAAACAGGCAUCUAUCAUUGGUUUACAAAAAUUAAAGAGAUACUACUAUACAAUUAAGAUUAAACACCAUCUAGGUAUGGGUACGAAUGUAACCACUACAACAAUGUUAAAAGAUGCAGUAAACGAUGAUUCAAUUUCUGACGACAAUAUCGGUAAAAAGUUAAUGAAGUUAAUGGGUUGGACAGGUGGCGGUCUUGGAAAAUCACAACAAGGAAUCAUUGAACCGAUCACAAUUAAGCAACAAAUUAGUAGAGAAGGAUUAGGUUUAAAAUCGAAUUUCUGUUCAACGCUUGACUUAAAAAAUAAAUCUAAAAACAUUAUGAGAAAGUAUCUUGCAGGUGAUAUGAAAGAUGAUAUUGUAUUCUCGGCGGAUUUUACUAACGACGAGAGAGCGGUUAUCCAUCAAGUUGCAAGACAAUUGGGCUUAAAAUCACACAGUUAUGGACCUAAAAAUCAGCGGACAAUGGUAGUUUCUCGCAAAAUAGACGUUCGAGAUUUGGUCGAAGAAUUAAAAAGUUUUGGAGGAGUUACCAGCAAAUAUGAACUAAUCGAACCUACUGAAUUGUAAAUAAAGUGUAAUUUUAUACUCCAUUAAAUAAAAUUUUAAAUUUAAUGUACAACAUCUAAA